AUGUCACGCCAGCCUGGCACCUCUUUCUCCCGCGGCGAAGUCUCGCCUAUCACGUCCGAUAUCCAGAGUACGUCAAGUCAGAUAUCACCUGUAUCCGAUUUGGGUGCCCCACGCGGUUUCCGCAAUCAUCCGUCUACUCGUCAAAACAUGGCUUAUAAUAGAGCACAACAACCCAGCAAUAUCGAUACUGACAUUCCGCCUGAACCGCCUCAGCAUCGUAGUAUCGGCUCACCAUCGCGAGAUAUGGCCGACAACAGACCACCGAUCGAUCGCUCGACUUCGUUGCGUACCAAUGUUACCGCUACGCCAGGCGCGGAUAAUCUAAGUGCGGCGGCUGUCGGGGGUGGAAUCAGUGGUAUUGCAUACGACGUUGCAAGUCGGAAUCAACGGGAAAGCGGCCUGGAAGCUGUACGGUCAAUAGGGCAACCAGGGAAUGGUUACUACGAAGGUCCGUCGGACGGACAUUAUACAGAUGGUCCAUACGGGGUUACCAACAAUCCCAACCGACAUAGCCAGGUAGAUCCGUCCGGGACACAGUUCGCUGCCAAUAUGCCGUUAGGAGGAAGUGCUCUUGCAGCCAGCACUCCUCCGCAACAAAGAACGCCUAGUUUAUCGCCUUCGAAUCCAUCACAAAUAAGCGUUGGGGAGCUUUAUCCGCGGUAUCCGAGCGGCGGCCUCUACGAUGGACCGUACCAUUCGUUCAACAGCCAUGAUCCCACCGCGAUCAAUCCUAAUGACAUUGCCGACGACGGCGAUGAUGACCUGAUGAACACACCCCCGCAGCAGCAGCGGCGGUCGUGGUUUGGUAAAAAAUCCACCCCAGCAUUGGCAGCUGGUGCCGCGGGGGGUGCAGCUGCCGGUGGCGUUCUAGGCGCUGUUAACAGUCUUCGCGGAGGCCCAACGACAUAUGAAUCCGUUCCUACCGGUGCCGGCGGUGCUGGCCAAUCUCCAUAUGAAAAGGAUGCGUUUCUUACUCGCCAAGCUGACAUAGCUGCAGCUAAAAAGCGUAAGAGGUGGCUACUUACACUAUUGGUCGGGUUUGCUAUUGUGGCGGUUAUUGUUGGAGCAAUCGUCGGCGGUAUACUCGGUAGUCAGGCUCAUAGCAAUUCUUCAAAUGAUUCCGGGAAGAGUAGCAGCGGCGGCGGCGGCAGCGGCAGCAGUAGUGACCCCGGUACGAACAUCAAUACAGCUGCUGGAGAUUUGGCUACAAACGGAGAUCUGGAUAAGAAUUCUCCUGAGAUUGUCAAGCUCAUGAACAACCCGGAUUUGCAUCGGGUCUUCCAUGGCAUGGACUACACAUCAUGGGGCGUUCAGUAUCCGUUGUGUUUGAAAUAUCCCCCCAGUCCGAACAACGUGACUCGUGAUAUGGCUAUACUGUCGCAAUUGACCAACACCGUGCGUGUCUAUGGUACAGAUUGCAAUCAGACGCAAAUGGUGCUGCAUUCUAUUAAUCAAUUGGGACUUACGGAUAUGAAACUAUGGCUCGGGGUAUGGGUUAACUCCAAUGAGACCACGACCAAUCGACAGAUCGAGACACUUUACGACGUUAUAGACAACAUGAACGAUACGAAAAUCAUCGAGGGUGUCAUUGUCGGAAACGAAGUUCUGUUUUCUGGAGGUUUCUCGGAUCAGUCAACUGCUCAGAAAACCCUCAUUUCAUAUAUAGAAAACGUACGUUCGAACUUGACAGCAAAGGGAUUGAAAGUGCCAGUGGCCACGUCAGACCUGGGUGAUAAUUGGACCCAGAAUCUGGUGGAUGCUUCUGAUUUGGUUAUGGCCAAUGUUCAUCCAUUCUUCGGUGGUGUUCAGGUCGACAAAGCAGCGGCUUGGACAGUCGACUUUUUCAACAAUCAUGAUGUUGCGUUAACGACCGGUACGAGCAAGGAAGCAUACAUCUCCGAGGUUGGCUGGCCGAGUGCAGGUGGCAACGACUGUGGGUCAAACAAAUGUACGGACAGUACAUCCGGGUCUGUUGCUGGUAUUGACGAGAUGAAUCAAUUUUUGUCCGAUUGGGUUUGUCCGGCAUUAAACAAUGGGACGAAGUAUUUUUGGUUUGAAGCAUUUGAUGAGCCCUGGAAAGUCAUCUACGAUACUCCCGGCCAAGAAUGGGAGGAUAAAUGGGGUCUCAUGGAUUCCGCACGCAACCUUAAACCAGGCUUGAAAAUUCCCGACUGCGGUGGAAAGACUGUAUAGUCCUGGUUAUUGUUUUCUUUUUUUUUUUUUUCUUAACAGGCGUUAUUAAUUCAAAAGGUUUACUUGGGAUGGGAGUUUGUUGCUUACGAUUAUACAUAUUAUCACGUUUAGCGUUUGGGUUCUUGUACGAAUACGGCUUCUCUCUUUUCUGAUGCUUUGGUUGAUGCGUACGUACCUAGGUACUAGGUAUUGUUUGUGAUGGAUGCAUAUGCUAUGAGACUUGGGAACGAACUCUUAUUGCGAUAGGAUAGUCUUGGUUAUGGAUAUUUUGAUCGCCGUGGAUGUCUGAUUACGGAAAAUCCACGAUGUU